AUGGCAAGAAUCGAAUCUCGGGGAUCGGCCGAGCAACCGCUCCAAGGUGUAAUGCUGUGUUUUACUUCAGUCGGCCCAGAGGACAGAAGUCGAUAUGCCGACAUUGCAAUACAGAUGGGAGCCCAACACAAGCUCGACUUGACUUCCGAUACAACCCAUCUCAUUGUCGGUAGCACGGACACCUUGAAAUAUCAAUACGUGGCUCGAGAACGAGAAGAUAUAAAAGUGCUACGCCCGGAGUGGAUUGAAGCCGUUCGAGACCACUGGAUCAACGACUUACCUUUGGACCUCGACGCCCUCACACAGCAAUAUCGGAUGCCCACGUUGGCCGGUUUGAAAAUCUGCAUCACAGGCUUUGAUGACCUUGCUUUUCGUGCCCAGCUGCAGAAGAACGUCAAAGAGAAUGGCGGAGAAUACACGGGAGAUCUGACCAAGGAUGUAACCCACCUCAUCGCCGCCAAGCCCGAGGGCAAAAAGUAUGAAUAUGGUAUGCAAUGGCAGAAGAAGGUCGUCAGUCUCAAAUGGUACAAGGACACACUGGAAAGAGGCAUGCAAUUGGAUGAGCGACUCUACCAUCCUACUGUUCCUGUUCCCGAACAAGGUCUUGGGGCAUGGAAUCGAAAAGCUCGGGGUUCUCCUCAGCUGGGCAAACGCCCGAGGGAAGAUAAUAUCGGUGCAGAGCCCUUGAGAAAGCUCCGGAGGACGGCAAGUGCCAAGUUUGGGAGUCAGACUCAAGAUAUGUGGUCGGACAUUGUGGGCGGUGCUGGAUUUGAGGCCAAAAAGGUUGAGCGUCCGGCGCUGAAGCCUUCGGUCUCGAUGCCUGGCCUUCGAGAGAUUGCACGACCAGCAACUGCUGCUGGCAAUCAUCAAGCCGACCUCAUCAACGGGGAGCCUGCUCCCGGCACGAAAACUGCAAGUUUAGGGUUCCUAACUGGUCGCCUGUUUAUAGUAAAAGGUUUCGAAGAGAAGAAGAGAAAACAUCUUCGAAAUGUGUUAGUCGAGUACGGUGCGACAAUCAUCAAUGAGGGAGACGAUCUCAAUGGUAUCGAACCAAACAAUAUAAUUGUCAUUCAGCCCCAUGAUAUGAGCAAGUCCGGUUCAACGACAAAUGGACGCAUCGAGGCAGCCUCCCAGGCGGUGUCAGAGCUCUGGCUUGAAAAAUGCAUGCUUGCGAAGUCUUUCAUCCACCCCGUCAAAUAUCCGCUUGGGCAAAUACUGAGUGCCCCCCUUUUAUGCUUGAAGGAUCUAACCAUCAACGCGACCGGCUUCGACGGACUAGAAGCCAUGCAUAUCUCAAAGAUUGUCACACUACUGGGGGGGACUUACUCGCAGAUGUUUGCUGCUGGAGUUUCAAUACUGAUCUGUAAGGCUGGCAAUGCUAAAAAGGACAAGCUUGAUCUGGCACAACAUCUGCACAUCCCCGCUGUCACUGAGGAAUGGUUGUGGUCCACGAUCAAGAACGAGCACAAGGCAAAUGUUGAAAGCUAUCUCAUUAGACAAGCUCGACUGGGUCCAGCGGAGAGUGAAAGACCAGCAGUCAAAAGGAGCGCAUCGAAAGACUACGUCGAAGUGAGCACAAUUCCUCUCCCACGAAAUCCUGGCGACCAUAAAGCGAACCUAGAGUCCGAGCCAGCCGGGACUGGAACACAGAACAGACAUAUGCCAGAGAAACCGGUUGAGAAAUCAGGCCCUCGUCUGGAUGUCCAGCAGCAAUCGGCGGAAGAGACAUCUGAGCAGGCCAAAGAAGGACCCUCCGCUCCUAGUAGCGCGAAUGGUAUUUCGGGACGAAGUGAGACAAAAGAACGCUCAUAUGAUGAUGACAACUGUCCGCUCCGGGUAAUGUCUCCGAAUGGCAGAAACACACGCUUGGUGAACAAGCCACCCGUGAUUCACACCCUGGACGGUAUCUCGAGAACGGACGAUUCGACAUCGAAAGAGAAUGCUCCGGCGCCUUCAAGAAGUGGUGUCCGGCCUGAACUCCACGGCAAAACCGCAGAUAUCGAAGCAAUCAAUGGUGCGAUCCGAGACAUCCUGAACGAGCACUCUAGAAAAAAGUCUGCCGGCAGCAAUCAGAGCGAUCCACUGAAGAAAAAGAACCGGUUGUUCGGGCGAGCACUGAGUAAUCUUUCUAACUCGUCAACGGCUUCAAAUGUGAGGUGCUCGAGAGCCAGUUCUAUUGACAGUAUCAACACGGACGGAAUGGGUAGCGAGAUUGUUACCAUACAAUCAGUCGGGACCCAGAGCGGUGAGAGCGCAUCUACAGCUGAGAAAGGCACCUUCAACUUCACUGGCCGUGCAAAGCAGACCCUGGCCGCGCUCAAAUCAGCUCCAUUGGAGAUGGAUGACCCGGAUAUGCCCAGAAAUGUCGGUUUCCCAACGGAGCAAGAUGCGGCACCGCCCAUGACGCAGCUAGGCUAUGAGGACCCGGAAGAAGCAAUCUUGUUGCGGGAGAAACUGGCUGCAUCGAGGAAAAAGGGAUCCGGGAAGGGCAGGCCAAACAACGACGUUGAACAAGCUCCACCUGCGAGGCGAUUGAAGUCCGCGGAUCGUAAGAUUCGAGACGAUGAUCUACUGACAACUGUCAAUGCUGGAUGGGGUGCUGGAAGACGGACUAGGCAUAAACCACGAAGUCCGCCGGAUCAAGGGAUCAAGGAAUUUUGA